AUGAAAAUGUUUGAUUUUUUAUGUAAAAUGAAGACUGUAAUAAUAUAUUUUUCUAUUGUAAUAGUAUUCAAUCGAAAAUUUGCAAUUGCUAUCUAUGCACAUAAAUUCUUCCUUACAAAAAUUAAUAUAAAACAAGUGUUUUUUGCUUAUUUUUUCUUCCAUCCCGAAUUUUGUUUGAAGUAUUCAAAAUUUCGGAUUUGCGGGGUACUUCUGUAUUUAGUUUUGAAUAUGCCUCGUAAGACAAAGCUUACUUUUCAUGAAAAUGUUUUGAAAUGUCACACAUUUUACCAUUGCACUUCUAUUCAAUUUCAGUUUACGUAUCCAACGACAGCUGGGAGACAUCCUCACAUGAUCAACCGUAUUUUUUAUAAACAAGUGCCAAGUUUCUUAAAAAUAAUAUGCUACUUUUUACGUACUGUUUUACAUGUGAGACACACAACAGCCUCUUUUAAGUCCAGAGAGGUGGAGUAUUGCACUAAAAAGUCCUUACCUGUACACUGGAACAUGACAACUGGUAGGAUAUAG